CUGCUCUCACCGCGUCCCCCCUUCUCUCUCUAGUCUGCUGUUCUACUGGGUUUUAACGCUAUUUCUGCUCUCUGGUCUUUAUCUUUAUAGUUACAAGAAGGUUUGGAGAAGGUCUUAAAAACCUUCCUGCUUUUUUCAGCGUGCGCUCGAGUUUGCCGUAGGCCAGGAUGGCUGCCCGUCUUCUCCGAUCCAUGGCCCCGCACGCAUCCAUGGCCCUGCUCCAAUGCAUUCAUUCCCAUAAGUCCGCAAGACCGCUCCUAGCACUGAUUCCACCCACUACACUAGGAACGUGCCGAAGAAAGAAGACAUGGCCCAAGACGUUCCCCGAGGAGGAGCUGAGGAAGCGACUGACCCCAAUGCAGUACCAUGUUACUCAGGAAAAGGGCACAGAGAGUGCUUUCACGGGAAAAUAUACAGAUAAUAAAGGGGAAGGAACCUACCAAUGUGUCGUUUGCGGUGCCCCUCUUUUCACGUCUGAUAAGAAGUUUGACUCUGGAUCAGGAUGGCCGUCCUUUUUUGAUUUGAUCAAUAAGGACUCUAUAACACUAACUGAUGACUUUUCGUACGGGAUGCACAGAGUGGAGACAACCUGCAGUCAGUGUGGUGCUCACCUGGGCCACUUUUUUGAUGAUGGACCUCGACCAACAAAGAAACGCUACUGCAUAAACUCUGCUUCUCUCAAUUUCCGGGCAAAAAACAGUCCUUCUGAGGAGGUGGAAGCGUCCGGAGGAGCAGGUCAAUCACCACCUUCUAGUAAGAAUGAAGAACUUUAAUAGGACUUGAAAUAGACCAGUCAGAUGUCACGCUACUCCAAAGUCACUCCUGAACUAUCAAUUCCAAAUCAAGUGAGCCGUGCAAUCAGACAAAUAUAUGCUUAUCAACAUUCGUCUGAAUGAUGGGUCCUUCAGGAUCACAAUAUGCAAAAUCAAUGUCCAGAUAACAGAUUAGAAUGGCCUUAUGUUUGCUCCUCAACUUCUUCACUUGAAUUUUGUGUCAUUUGAAGACCUCACAUCGCUUCAGAGAUUUGCUCUGCUAAACUGUUUUUGAACACUUGGUGGUCAUUUUCAAUUAGGUACUAAAGUCUGAGACUACAUUGGAAAUCUGGGAUUUUUCUUUCUUUUCAUUUAAACAAU